ACUCCAAACAUAACUGUACAUAACUUCAAAAUUAUUAAUAGUAAAUCAAUAAGAUACAAUGCAUCCAAUAAAAGAGAAAAGCUCUUCUUUUUAACUUCUUGUUUCGUUCGUUUUUGAAACGAUGCAGCGCUUACAAAUAUAACUUUUCAUUACUGCUUAUUAAUUUUGAACAAUGCAAAUGUUUCACAAGUAAUUUCAUUUUUAACGAAGAAGACAGUAACAUAUCUAGCUUUAUUGUUAAUUAAGUGCUUAGACUUUUAAAAAAUGUAAUUGUUCUAAUUUAAUAACUGCCUAUUUAAAUGAAUCAAAUGUAAUUAAAGUAAAUUAAUUAAAAAAAAAGCAUUCUAAAGUUCAGCAAAAGUUUUGCUUUAAUAAUUUAUAUUUUCGCGCGACAUGUGUUGUAAAUUUAAUGCGUCAACCUCAACAACCUCUCGUAAACUAAUCCCCGGAAAUCCGAAAAAAAAAAUAAUCACGUGCACGGUGAAAUUUAACCCCCCAUUUUCUUCAAUUAAACUCGUUAAGUUUUAGAAUUUAAAUCAACGUAUACCUAUAUAGAAAACAAAAAUAUGUAAAUGCUUUUAUAAUUUCAAAUAAUAAUUUUAAUUGUAGGUUUUCAUGCUUGUAAUACACCGUUUCUAUAAAUAUGUUCAGCAAGCAUACAAAGCGACUCUGUUUAGAAGAAGACACGAUUGCUUCCGAGUCGAUGACAAUUCAUUUCUAAUACAGAAGUCCAUGUAAUGGGGUGGUUAAUAAUAUUCAUGCUGGGACUUUUUGCUUUCGCUGUGCUUGGUUUAAAUAGCUCGUCGCAAAGUAGCGAUUUGCAAAGCAUUCAAGUGAGUUCGAGUGCGAGCACUCCCGGUCCCAGUGUAAUUAUAAAAAUGAAUAAUGCUGACUCGAUUGGAGGAAUAAGAAGACACUACGGGGGAUGGAGAGAAUGGCGAAGGGCCGAUCCGACUCUCAUUAAUAGUUUAUGGAAAAGCAAAAUGGGAAAUGGAAUUCGUAAACAACUUGGAAAGGCCGAAAUUUACAUAAUCUUAGCGUUACUGAUAGGAUUUGUGACGGUUGUGAUUGGCUGUUGGCUAUCGGACAACUGUUGGACACCGGAACCAGAAGACUCAUUGUAUACAUUGGCUUGACCUUCGACCAACACUGCAUUUGAGAGCAGUCUGAUUUUUUUAAGACCUUCGGAUAUCAUCAAUUCGAAUUCUGUGUCAUUGAGCAGAAGUUCGAGUAUGAACAGUGACCACGUGUUGGUGGACCUUACCAAAGAUAACGCUUCGAGCCCUUUUAUUACCGACAUUGCUUGCGACGAACAACGGUACCGUUAUCACCAAUAUAAACAGCAUGACACUUGCGAUAUCCUAAUCGAAUGAAAAUAUUUGUACCCCCUUAUUCAAACGUAUUAUUUCUAGUACUUACAAUUAGUUUGAAAACGAGAAACGGACACGUUUAUUAAUGAAAUAAAAUUAAAAUAUUCAGAAUGAUUAAAUCACAUUAGUUUGAUAAAUAUUUGCAGAAAAAACCAAAACGACCAAUGACAAUCACAUGAACUCUUUCUGUUUAAUAUUUGCUAAAUAACAAUUGAAAUCCUGGCAAAAAGACACUAAACUUGCUUCUAAGUUAACUGAUUUCUCAACAACAUCAUCACCACCACAUAAAAAUACCAAACAAUUUCUGUAUCUUUGAAAUGUAUUUUGAGUACAGGCAGAUUUUAAACAAGAAAGAAUGCAGUUUUUUUUACAACUAUUUAUCAAAUUGUAAAAUUAAUAAUAAAGAAAAAAGUCUAAAAGCGAAACAUAAAUAUCCACUGCGUAGAUACUUUUGUUUUGGCUGGAUAAUAAAGUAGUAUGUGUGUUAUCAUUAUCGUACAAUCCAUUUGAAUAUAAAGGCAAAAAUACCUAGGUGAAAUUUUCAUCGGUGUGCUAAUUAAUAUUAGUAUUAAUUAAUUGAUUAAUACGAGCCAUAGGAAAUAAGAUAAAAGCAAGAAAAAAUAGACUGCGAAAGCUAAAUAUAAAUAAUAUAUGUAUAAAUAUAUGUUAUGGCGGACCACUGUACUUUUACUGUGAUAAGUAUUUGAAAAAGAAAGUACUGACUAGCAGUAUUGAAACAACUUUCUUAUCGGCUAUUUGUAAUAAUUAUAUUGUAUGUACAAUUUUUUGUACUUUAUUUCUUAUGUAUGUAUGUAUGUUUAAAAAAAUAAAUUGUCAAUUACAAUGAAAAAUUUAUACAGGUCUUAUACGCGCUGUUUGUUCUAGAGUUAAGGUAACGCCGGACGCAUUCUACAUUUAAGGCUCUAUUGCGGUGUUAAACUCUUUUUUAAAAUGGACACUUUUAGCUAAUGCUGAUUUAAAUUAUAAUAAUAAACGUGCCACAGCAUCUUUGUAGUUUCUAUACCUUCUAUCCAAAAU